UCGUAACGUAAUCGUUUGGUGAAAUGCUCAUAUUUCGGAAGAAUUUAUCUCAGUUUUAUUCGUUUAUAUUUACCUAUAUAUACGAUAUUCAUAUUAAAAACCUGUUCAACGACUAAGUAACAGAAGUUUUCUAACAGCCAUGUCAGAGCUCAGUUCCGAUCCGGAGAGUUAUCCAAGUUUUCAAACUGAAUCGGAAUCGGAGCAUGAUUCUACGUGGGGAGAAGAUAAAGAGCAGAAGGAAGUCGAUUACACGGCCACUGCGAAAGAUAUUAUCUGUGAGGAUGUGAACAUUACAACCGAAAAUGCUCUGAAGUUAAACAGCGGUUAUCAUAAUAUGCUCAAGGUGCUGCGGAACAAACUGGAAGUACUGCUUGCGCACUGUCAGGAGCGGCAAAUUGAGAUUGAAAAGCAAAUCGAUGAUUAUCGAAACAAUCGCAAGCCACUGACCGGAAAGUCGCGAACCUCGGGUUACAUUUGUGGACAGCCGUUCUUCAAGGAUGAAGACUUGUAUCCGGGACCGCAUAAUGAGGAUUACCUGUAUCGAAAAAAUGCACUCAAAGAAUUUUUCCCGCUGGAUUUAUUCGAAGUUACCGAUACAAAUUGGACGGUCAAGGAUAAGGUCAAUAUUCUGAAAGGAGUGAAGCAACAAAUUAUUGAAUUUAUCGAUGUGGAAAAUCGGUUAAAAAUUAAAAAGAUUGGUAAUGGCUUGGAAGCGGAAAGAUUAAGACGGGAGAUUGUUUCCUUGAAAGGAAUAGAAAUAACGGAUCUGUGGGAGAAAGUGAAAAACUUUCCCAAAGAGUAUCCAGAUCGGAAAUUUGCAAUUGAUUGGUUACGGAUCUCUAAUGUUAACAUAAGUGGACGUCAUUCAGUGGAGGCUUGUAUAGGUAUCUGGAAUAAUUACAUGCUGCCAGGAUUGAUACGAGAUGCUUGGAAAGCAGAAGAGGAGAGACAAUUGUUAGAAGCAGUUGAAAGCCACGAAAGACAGGAUUGGGCAGCGAUUGCCUCAUAUGUGCCUGGACGAUCGCCAUACCAAUGCUUUGUACAUUAUCAGACUACCUUCUCCGAGUUGGCUCAGAUCAAGCACGCAAAAUGGACAGACGAAGAGGAUGCUCUAUUAGUAAAAUUGGUAGAUGAAAAUCGAAUAGGGACAAACAUUGUUUGGAACAAAGUUGUGGAAAAAAUGCCGCUGCGGAAUAAAAUUCAAUGCUACAACCGGUACAUGUUCACGUUGAUGCGCCCAACGAAGAAAGCUAAAUUUACCCCGGAAGAGGACUGCAUAAUAAUUGCCUACGUACAGCAAUACGGUGAUGAUUUUCGCUUCGUCCAGCCGAAUCUCCUUCCAGGUCGAACAAAUCGCCAGAUAUGGGCCCGCUACAAUCAGACGCUGAAAUACGUGAAUAAGCAUUCUGGUUGGACUAUUGAAGACGAUAUGCGACUGAUGAAUUUCAUCAAAGAAAAUCUUACGGAUGAAGGCCCACGGAAAAUAUCUUGGGCGGCUUGUUCGAAGGUUUUGGGUAACCACUCCAGACUUAGCUGUCGAACGAGAUAUUACACAAUUGAGAAAUUUUUGGAAAAAUUUCCCGAUGCCACAUUAGACGAUGUGCCCAGAAAAGACAAAAAGCUAUCAUCUAGCGUAACGAAUGAAAAUUGGGUUAAAACUAUUAUAGAUAUUCGCAAUGAUCCCGUUUCGGGUGAAGCCGAGAUGGCUGAUGCACAAGAACAACCGUCUUCCAGUGGAACAAACAAACAGAAUAAGGUACCAAAAUUUACGACUGUGAAGAAAAAAACGCAUUUCUUCAACAGCUUGAAGUGUAUCUUCAAAAAGCAUUUAUACGAAAAAAUGAAGUAUUCGUUUCACUAUAAGAUGAAUGAUCAGAGUCCGCCUGUGGAUAACCAGAGAGUGUUCAGCAAUAACAAGGCAAUUUUCAUGUUGUUAAAUUGUCCCGCAACGGUAAAAAAUUUAGAUAGUUAUUUGGAACGUGUUACAGCGGAGGAAGCGUUAAUGAUCCGCAGAAGUCUUACAGUGGAGCUCAAUCCAGGCUUAGAAUUUUUUCUAAGAAGGGCAAUGUAUUGCUUUUUGUUUCCUCCUAAUUACAACACCCUCCUGGGUUUGCGAGGAGUAGUAUUGAACGCUACUUAUCCAGAGGAAUCGGUAGUCAAAAGCAAGGAGGAUGUUGCUUGUGAAGAAAAUGAUACAGAAUACCAAAAUGCUUUGGAAACCUUUAAAGACCGUUUUCGGAUGCUUUUUACCUGGACCAUGCUGCUGGUUGCGCAAAAUCCUCGAGACGCUGAUUUUAAAACCGAACGUUUAUCUAAUGAGCAAGAAUCUAGUUCCAUUACAUUUACAUUACCAAUACAACAGCUUGAGCUUACCAAUGACAGAAUCGAAAAACAAGUAUCUCUCGAGCAGCUUUCGAAACUUUACAACAGCCCAAGAUUAUCCAGAAAUAAAAAACGAACGAAAGUACUUGCAGAAGAAACGACUGUCUGCCUGGAUCAACUUAAUCUAGCGAAUCGUCCGUUUGAUAUAAACUCUUCACCUACUGCCAGUUUACCCAUCAGUCAGAUUUCUCUUCAAGAAAAAUUACAUGAAGCAUCCUCUUCGAAUAUAGAUGUCCUACACCAAAGUGAACUGCAAAGUAAUCUACAACACGCAUCUACUGAAAUGAAUACAGCUUAUCAGCUGCAAUUAGCAUUUUUAGUCGGUCAUCCAUCAGACUAUGAUUCACAGCCACACGCUACUAGUGUGACAAAUAAGGAAUCAUUGACUGCUGUCGAUAGAGUUACCUUUUCAACUUGCUCUCCCGUUAUUGUGCAACCAGUAAUUCAGUCAACGGAUCAAUGUUUGCAGUCUGUUACGACACCAGCUGAGAACCUAGAUCUUGUGGCUCAAAUAACCGUGAUUGAUCCCGACAAUUUGCCACCAGCUGUCCCGCCACCAUCGUCAUUUUCCUUUGCAGUAACAGAAUUGCAUGACAGUCGAGACGAAUGUAGAGAAAAUCCGUCUUUAUUGCCCCAGAACUUUGAACAACGCGAGUGCACCGAGUCGUUGCCGAUUAAAACCGAUUGCGCCGACGGUGAAACGUGCCGUAGCGAUGAGCAUGAUGACUUUCAAGAAAAUGAUGACCAUGAUCAGCAGCUGUCGCAAGAACAGCAACCACAUUCGCCGCUGCCCCAUGAUGAAGUGGAGAAUGAUAAUAUCGAUGAUGACAAUGCUGAUAUUUCGCUGUCGGAAACAUGCAGCGUAGUCUCUGCACGUUCCUCUGCGAAUAUGUUGCAAUCUAGAGUGACUCAUGUAACCAACAUCGGAGACUAUGUCAUCGAAGAAUUAAAUGCAACACCAACAGGUGGAUAUUGCGAUGAGCCUAAUUUGUUUAAAAAUUCUUUGAGGAGGUCACAAUCAUUGGAUUUUGAAGAACCAUUAGAUCUCCAUGUGUCUAAAGCUACAAAUAUUUCUGAGACGAACUUCUCAUCAGUAGCGUCCAAAGAGGUGAAAGCCGAGUGCAGCAUGAACUUAUCGUUUCCGAGUUCUUCCGUCGAUCAGUUAGAUUUCAUUGUAGAACCUGCCCUCAUAGAGGUGCCCAAGAAAACCUACAGUCGUGUUGGUAAGCUGAAAUUGUUAAAUCCGACGAUUAUAAGCACUGAACGAUGGUGGCGAUGGACCCAUUUGAAUGACGCAAAUGAGGAAGAGAUUGAAUUGCAUCAAGAGUUGUGGGAGAAGAGUGAUCCCAUUCGAUUGCGCUUCCAACCAACACAGUGUGACGAGGAGUUCCAAAAUAAUAAUGAAAUCAUUGUGAUAGACGAUGAUGAUGUUAUUAUUAAAGAAGAACCGCCAGAAGUUGAAGCACAGGAAGAAACCGAGAACAUGAUGGAAAAUUUCGAAACUCCGCCAGUGGAUGAUGAUUGUCUACAGGAGGUUAUUCAGAGAGCCAAUAAUAUUUUACGUAUUACAGAAGCAUAUAAACAGAGCGUGCAAAACAUGGACAAUGCAACGUGUCGAGAGAAUUCCUCUCAAGAUACAAUAGUUUAUGCAGAUUGUAAUACAAUGGAUCACACUAACUCGUUGAUCGUUCAGACACCUUCUCAAAUUUUCGAUGAGGAAAGCAAUUGUUUCUACUAUGUAGAUGAAAUAAAUGAAGAUGUUGAACAUGAUUACAACGUACCGGUGGUCGAGAUUCCACAAAUGUCCAUCGAAUAUCCGCCGCACUCAACAUUGGAAGAUAUUGUGCGUUACUCUUUACAAAGAACCUAUCCCACUAUGCCACAAUUUCAAUCGCCUCGACCUAGUCCGAGCUCUCCUCAGGAUAUCGAGAACGAAAUAAGCAGAAAUUUUGUGCCACAAGCUCCAAUGCACACAUCUGAUUCAAGUGCCACACCAGUAACAAGAAACAAUAGAGCGUUCCUUUCCAAAGCGAAAAAGGCUGAGCAACACAUACAAGACGGUCCGUCAACCAGCGUGCCGAGAAUCAGACCCCCAAAACGACCACCUCGCGAUCAAGUAAAACCCACACAGGCGACUGAUAAAGUGAAAGCUCUUUCCCUGCUGAAUGAUCUUUACAAAAGGCCUCGUUUGCCGCCGAGCAAAAAUUCUUUGUCAGUAUCAACCGACGAAAACCUCAAAACCGCUAAAGACGGUUCCAUCGUAACUGCCAAAAGACGUCUCCCACCACGGCGUCUAUCUAGGGAACUGAAUGUGAAGAAAGGUAAACUGAACAAUUCGUACAAAUCCCAACGGGUGAGAAAAACUGUCGAUGCUGUCGAUAUAAUCGAGGCACUGAACAACAUGCGCGAACGUAUGAAUCUGGAAGAUGACUCCGAUGAGGACGAUUUCUCGUUUAGUGAGGAGCAGAAGGUCCAGGUAGUUCAGCAACCCGAAGCCCGAACUAUUGCACCUAUGCAACUAUCGGACCAAACGACAAAAACUGCAACCCAUCAGAAGAUCAACACUAUUAUACAAAGUACAAGCGGUCGGCCGGGUAUGGAUGUACUCUUUAGAGUAGGUAAUAUCACAAUUAAAAAAAUAGCGCCUCAGUAGUUGGAUUUUUUCGUAUUAGAUAUCCCGAAUGUGUUCUGCAACAAUGUCCGCCGAGUGUUUAGUUUUGUGUUUUUGGUUUGGGAAAUAGUGUCAAAUCGUGAUAAAAAAAAAGUCAUUGAGGAUCAAAAACUGUCUGCUUGUCAGGUUUUUGCGUGCAUGUCAAAAUACCCGAACAUUAUGUAUAGGUAUACCAUGUUUAGAAAAUCCCACGAUUACUAAUUCGUAAAAUUUUCGUUCAAUUGGGAUUCAGCCCAUUAUCUGUGAUAAAGU